CUACAACCACUAAAGAUGUAUUGCCGCCACCCACUGGAUGAGUUGAAGAACCAAAAACAAGGUAAAAAAAAAAAAAUCGUCAUUAUUGCGCGACACCGCGCAGCUCCACGCCCCCAAACAGCGCGACAUUACAGUGCCGCCUUCCUUCUCAGCAGGUGUCACACAGGUGGCAGUUAAAAGACAAGCUUAUGGCUAUGGCAGCAGAGCCAGUGCCAGAUGCAGUCUGGGACGAACGCCAGGCCUAUGAAGAGCUCCUGUACUGGGACAGCCUGAUACAGCGAGGCCAUCGCCUGCUACCACACGACUUUGACAGAUAUGAGGAGCUACGCUACUGGUAUGACUGUCUCUGUUACGAGGAGGAGUUGAGGCAGUACGAUGAGUACAUCGCAGCCAUACAGGAGAUCGAGGAGAACCGACCCCAAACUGAGGCCCCUCCGGUGCGCACGCCUCCCAUGCGUAUCUUCGUGAGCGACGACCGCCACAUGAUGGCGAAGCACGCGGCGGUGUACCCAUCGUCUGAGGAGCUGGAGGCGGUGCAGACAGUCAUCUCCCACGUGGAGUGUGCCCUCAAGACCGUCUCCGACCUGCUGGAUGUGGAGGCCGGAGUCGGUGUGGCGCCUAUACCUGUGGAGGGGGCAGAGGAGAGUGAGGUGGCUCCCCCUCCAGAGCGUAUCCUGCGUGGGGUGAUGAGGGUGGGCCUGGUGGCCAAGGGCCUGCUGCUGAAGGGAGACAUGGACCUGGAGCUGGUGCUGCUCUGCACUGAGAAACCCACCGUCACCCUGCUCAAGAAGGUGGCUGAGCACCUCUCCACCCAGAUUGAGCUCGUCACAGAGGACAAGUAUGAGGUCACCCAGAUCCCAGAGGAGGCGGAGAUUGUGAUCAAGAGCAUCAAGGAGCCCGUCCUGACCCUAACCAUUCACCUGACCUCCCCCAUGAUACGCAUGGAGGCUGAGCCAGAGGGUGCCGGAGCUACCACCCCCUGGAGGAACCACCUGGAGGCUAAGGUCAACGACCUGAAGUCGGCCGCCAUCGUGAUCCGUAUCAUGAGAGACCUGUGUAACCGCGUCCCCACCUGGGCUCCACUCAGAGGAUGGCCUUUAGAGCUGCUGUGUGAGAAGGCCAUUGGAACAUGCAAUCGGCCAAUGGGAGCAGGAGAGUCUUUCCGCAGAGUUCUCGAGUGCUUGGCGUCUGGAAUCCUGAUGGCCGACGGUCCGGGUAUCAAGGACCCUUGUGAGAAGGAGAAGGUGGACGCCAUCAGCCACCUGGACACUCAGCAACGUGAGGACAUUACACAGAGUGCCCAGCAUGCCCUAAGGUUGUCUGCGUUCGGACAGCUGUACAAGGUGCUAGGGAUGGAUUCCCUGCCUGCCAGGGAACCAAGGAGGACCAUCGGACCAGGUCUCAGAAACUACGGUUCUCAGAUCCUGGCCAGCUCCACCUACCCUCCCAAGAGACCUCAUGAUGCCGCGGACAAAGGGGGAGAUGACAGCAAGAAGAGGAAGUCUCAGAAGUUCCAGAAAUAUCCAAAAUUUCCUAGGAAGUUGUCCACAGAAGAGAAGCCCGGGGACCCUCCUAUGGCCAUGAACGCCCUGAUGCGUCUCAACCAGCACAAGCCUGGUCUGCAGUACCGUCUGACGGGUCAGAGCGGUCCAGUGCACUUCCCGGUGUUCACCAUGUCUGUAGACGUGGACGGCGAUACAUACGAGGCCUCAGGGCCGUCCAAACGCACCGCCAAACUCCACCUAGCUGCCAAGGUCCUGCAGAAGUUGGGCCUGCCCACUGGGGCAGAUGUGAAGAUUGAACCAGGCGAAGAGGGAGGAGCCAACGUACCAUCCACACCUACAGCAAGUGAUGCGUCCAUGGCAUCUGACGAGAACGGUCCCAUCCUCACUAAGCACGGGAAGAACCCAGUGAUGGAGCUGAACGAGAAGAGACGCAGCCUGAAGUACGAGCUCUCUGCUGAGACCGGGGGCAGCCAUGACAAGUGCUUCGUCAUGGAGGUGGAGGUAGAUGGACAGAAGUUCAAAGGUCGAGGCUCCAACAAGAAGGAGGCCAAAGCCUACGCAGCCUUAGCUGCUUUGGACAAACUUUUCCCAGAGGGGGCGGGGCCCUACUAUAACCCUCACUCUGACCCCAAGAAGAAGAAACCAGUCACAUACACUUCCAUGCAUAUCCCAGGCUUUGGCACUAUUCGAGGCAUUCCAACCGACACGGAGCCUAACAACCGGGGCCGCGGGCGAGGCAGGGGUCGAGGAAAGCCUACGACUGGCAGCAGCUACAACCAAACAAGCUACCGUUAUGGAAGCAGUGCUGGCUCUGGUUAUCACAAUCUGUACAGUAUGGGUGCAACAGAGGCUGCUUCCACAACAACCACCUCCACCGGUGACGCCUCCACAGAGGCAGAUGCCAGCGGCAACACCACCGGCUACGGCACCUUCUACCCCGAAUCAUCCUACACCACACCGGCCAUAACCGCCUCCGCCACCUCGGCUGCCAUGACCGCCCAAGCCCAGGUCGGUGCAUCUUCCCUGGGUGACUACCAGUCGGUGCCCCCUCCCCUGGACCAGCAGAGCCCCUAUAGUUAUGGCUACGGAGGGGAUAAGAAGAGUCUGCUGACUGCAGCUCAGUCUCAAGCCCAACAGACCCAGCAACAGGUGGACUACUCUAUGUACAGUACAGCCUACCCCAGCUCUGUCACCGGGGGCCAAAUGUACAGUUACGGUGAGUGGGGAUUCGGCUACGGCAACCAAUCGAGCUUCAGCAUGUAUGGGAACGCCUCCUCCCAGGGCUAUGGGGCGGCGGCUACUCCCCAGACCCAGCAGACUUCCUACCCCACGGCAUACGGAAACAUGAACUAUCAGUACAAAUAGGGUGUACCACACACACACACCACGUCCCUCUCUCAAGCCCCCCACCAACCCUCUAAAGCCUUCCCCCAGAGGAAAAGAAGACCCUCAUGUCUUUCUCUACUUUCAUUAUAUUGAUCUAAUAUUGAUGAAUCCUAAACACUCAAGUCAUUUUCACCAUCACUUUAUUUCAUAAACCAGACUAUUUCUUUAUUUACCAUGUGGUAAAUGUAACCUACAUGUGUCUAACAAGUAGUUCAGUUCUGUAUAGGGAUUACAAAAAGGAAAUGAUAAUAAUAGCACUUUCAGGAUGAUGCUAUCUUGGGUCAUAGACUUCUUGUUUUGUUCAAGUUUCUUUCUUUUUUACACUUUUUCUGUUUUCUGUUGUCAAGCCACCCGAGGUUGAAUGUGAAUGUAAACGGAGAAUCUGUUCUUAUUUCAAAGACUUGUUUUCUUUAUAUUUUUAUUUUCAAUUUUAAUUUGAAUCACUGUUUUAUGUUUUAACUGUUAUUAUAUUAACCAGCAGUGUGGUAAAAAAACAAACAAGUUGACAGUAACUUGGAUUUGUAUGUGAAAGAGCAAUGGAAAUGUGUUAAUUGCUGUUUCAUUGGAAGGUUUCGGUAAAAGGCUUGUAUCUGGUUGUUUGUAAGAAUAAAUUACUUUUAUUUUGGA